AUGGCAUCGAAUAAUCAACAAAGACAACAACAAGAUCGACCAUUACCAAAAUUCGGAGAAUGGGACGUGAACGACCCAGCAUCAGCCGAAGGAUUCACCGUUAUAUUCGCUAAAGCUCGAGACGACAAGAAGACAAACGCUAGUGGCCGUGCUCCCUCGCAACGCCGUGAUAACAACAAAGGGCAAGAAGAACCUUCGAAGAAACGAUUCUGCUGUUUCUAA